AUGUUACGAUAUUCACAUACAGACUGUGAUCUCUUGUCACCAAUUUCGAUUGAUCCACCUUCCCAACUAUUUGAACGUCGAGAACACGUCAUCAAACCGACCCGUUUAGAUUAUAAUACAGGGAAUCAAAGAAAUCCCAUACAAACUAAUAAAUUUUAUGGAAAUUUAAUGUUGGAUAAUGGGCAAGAUCCUAUCUGGCCGUUACCUUAUGGAUUGAGAUGGGAACGAGGGCAAAAUAGAGAUUUUUUGGGAUUUAGUGUUUCUCAUGUUGAUGAUGAUAAGAAGGUUUUUGGCCCGGAUCCAAAUCAAAAUCCUGUAGAAUUUUAUUAUAGCUUAUACAUCCCAACCAUCGUAUUCUCUGCCAAAGAACUUGGAAGUAACCACGAACUUCUAUUAUCAAAUAUGUCAGAAUUCUCUUCAACCGUCAAACUAUUUCCCUAUGAUCGUUCUGGCUCUUACAUCUCUUUCCCGAUUUCUCGUGGAAUGACAUUUAUCACUGCAGAAUAUAAAGACUUAAUUCCAUUAUUCCAUUCAGAGACCGGGUUUAAAAAAAUUGAGUUAUCACGAAGAAUUGCUAAUAGAUACACUAAAUGGAAGUUCUUUUUAAAAGAUGACAGUGUGUGGUUAUUAUAUGCUAAUGGAAAGUUAACAUUAGAAGCAAAGUCUUUGCACAAAUUGGAAGCUACCUCAGGACAGUACUCCGGAAUUAUUCAAGUGAUUAAAGUGCCUGCGAGAAAUCAGGAAGCUGAAGUGGUAUUUGAUAAUAAUGCUGGAACUUAUCCAAUUGGUGCCGAACUUCAUGCUAGUGCUGAUGGCACAUACACGUUCAACUGGGAAGUUGGAGGUGACAAAUCAAAACCCCUCUUAAUAUACUCACUCCCUCAUCACCGUGAAUCUUUUACAAACGCGCCAUUUCAAACCUCAAUCGAACUUUCCACUCCCACAAAAGGAAAAGCUAUAGCAUACAUUGGCAAUAUAUGGUCAUUUAUUGAACCAAAUUUACCCACCGAUGUUGAAUUCCUGCCAACAAAUUUAAAAUCAAGGCUAUCCGACGAUAAGAAAAUGCAGAUCCUAGAACAAGCGAAAAAAGAUUUAAAAUUGGAUUUUAAUAAAGAAAUUUUAACGGAUUCAAUAUAUUUUUCGGGAAAGAAGCUAUCGAAAUUUGCCCUUUUGUGUUUGGUUUUAAAUGAAGGAUUGAAUGAACAGAACCUUGGAGCUAUUUGCAUUGAUAAGCUUGAAAAAAUAAUGGAUACUUAUGCUCAGAAUCGACAACAAGCGAAACUAGUUUAUGAUACUACAUGGAAAGGUAUUGUCGGUAUUAGUGGAUUCACGAAAGGUGCUAAUACCGACUUUGGCAAUACUUGGUACAACGAUCACCAUUACCAUUAUGGAUAUUUGAUAUAUGCAGCAGCUAUUCUACGUCAUCUUGAUGAAGAAUGGGGAAAACAAAAUGAAAUUUGGGUAGAUAAUUUAAUCCGUGAUGUUGCCAAUCCUUCUGCAGAAGAUUCAUAUUUCCCUGUUUUUCGAGCCUUUGAUUGGUUUAACGGGCAUUCUUGGGCAAAAGGAUUAUUCUCAUCGGUGGAUGGAAAAGAUGAGGAAUCCACUUCAGAAGAUGUAAACUUUUAUUACGCAACGAAACUUUGGUCCAUCGCUUCAAAUCGCCCAAAUUUUACUAAACUUAUGGAUUUAAUAUUAGCUAUUCUUUCAAGAUCUUUAAGAAAUUAUUUUUUGAUAGAAGAUGAUAACAAGAAUCAUCCAGAAAAGUUUAUUAAGAAUAAAGUAACAGGAAUAUUUUUCGAAAACAAAGUUCAUUACACUACAUACUUUUGUUCUAGAGUUGAAUGUAUUCAUGGAAUCCAAAUGCUUCCGAUAACACCUAUAACAUCUUAUACACGCAACAAGAAUUUUGUAAUGCAAGAAUGGAACCAAAAAUUAGGUCCAAUAAUAAACUCUUUGAAUGACACUUGGAAAUCAAUCUUAUACGCGAAUUAUGCAAUAAUAAAUCCUGAAGCAGCAUAUCAAUUCUUUUUAAAUAAUCAUGACGCAUUACUUGAUGAUGGGUUAAGUAGAACUUGGGCAUUAUUUUGGAGUUCUAUCGCUGGCUGUGAUGACACUUUGUGA